UGGGGCACAGAAGGGCUGCUGAGAUGGAGAGUCUCAAGAUGGAUACGGAAAUGCUGUAUCCCGAGAUAAUUGUAGAAGUGGGUAAAGUCACUCUUGGAGAAGAGAACAGGAAGAAGAUGACCAAUAGCUAUUUGAAAAGAACUGAGAAUUCUAAAAUCAUCCAAGCGACAUGUGCACUGUUAAAUUCUGGAGGGGGUGUGAUCAAAGCAGAGAUUGAUUAUAAAACCUACAGUUACCGAUUCCAUGGGCUGGGACAGGACCUGGAAACUUCUUUUCAAAAGCUCCUUCCUUCAGGUCCACAGAAAUACCUUGACUACAUGCAACAGGGGCACAAUCUUAUGAUUUUUGUGAAGUCCUGGAGCCCAGAUGUCUUCAGCCUCCCACUAAGGAUUUGCAGCUUGCGCUCCAAUUUAUUUCAGAGAGCUGUGACUUCCACCGUCAACUUGAAUGCCAGCAGUGCCCUGGAGCUCCUCCGAGAGAAGCAGUCCAGAGCUCAGAGAGGAAGAUCAAAGGUGCAGGAGCUGCGUUCUCAGAAAGCUCUUGACAAAUACAUUCAGGAAGAGGAAGAUAUGAGGAUGUGUGCCUCAGAAUUUGUUAAAAAAGAUAAACUCAUGUAUAAGGAGAAACUCGACUUCAGUGAGUCCACACAUGUCGAGCUUAAAAGGUUCACCACCAAAAAGAUCGUCCCUCGGAUUAAAGAAAUGCUGCCCCAUUAUGUUUCUGCAUUUGCCAACACCCAUGGGGGAUACCUAAUUAUCGGGGUGGAUGAUAAGAGCAAAGAAGUGCUUGGAUGUAAGAGAGAAAAAGUGAACCCUGAAUUAUUAAAAAAAGAAAUAGAAAACUGCAUAGAAAAAUUGCCUACAUUCCACUUCUGCUGUGAGAAGCCAAAGGUGAAUUUCACUACCAAAAUCUUGAAUGUGUACCAAAAAGAUGUCCUGUAUGGUCAUGUCUGUGUGGUACACGUGGAGCCCUUCUGCUGUGUAGUAUUCACAGAGGCCCCAGAUUCCUGGGUCAUCAGGGACAAUUCUGUCACAAGGCUGACGGCUGAGCAGUGGGUAGACAUGAUGCUGGAUAUUCAAUCAGCUCCUUCCAAUUUGGCCGCAGACUACAGCCUUCACCUGAUUUCACCAGCUUCAUCUACACGAAGAAGCCCGUCAUCUCCCAUCAAAGUCCUGGAAUUUAAGGGGGCUCUACAACAACGCUUGUUUCCAG